CUGAAUGAUGAAUUUCAGGAGAAUGAGGGAUCACAUAAUUCACCUCAUUGGGUUCUGUGCCCUCAGCAGAAUAACACGCUGAAAUUGCGUAGGGAUCGACAAAAGAGGAUCAUUGUGUCUGGUCCACCGCUGACUGUCACUAAAUGUUUUGGGAUGCUGCUUGCAGCUGGAAGAAAUUUACGGCACAGUGAUAUGCAACUACUAGAACUAGAAAGUAUGGGUCCGGGCGCUAAUCCAUCCGUCUAUGUGAUAAAUGCCAUCUGGGACCCUCGAGUUCAUGUAUUUGAUGUGUUGAAUACUGAAACUCCCAGAGAUUCUCGAGUAUUUUUGACGGUAGCCGCUGAUGUGAUAAUAGCAGAAGCAGGUGAACCAAUUCGUUUUCGACUUGAAGCGAAAGCGAGAGUGUUUCAUCGCGACGAACGAUUUUACAAGCUACCCAGGGUUGCUCUUCGUGAAGGAUAUUCGCUUACUUUAGAGCGUACAGACGACAUAUCUAACGGGGAGACAUCUGGAGGCGGUUUGAUGUUUGUCAAAAUGGAGUCGGACACAGAUCGCAUCUCAGUUAAACAGCGUCUUGGUCGUAGCCCCAGUCGAAUGCCGUCUCAGCUCAUACUACCGACUGGCGAUGACGAAUCUGAUUCGGACGAACCUCUUCUUUCCGGUUCCGGUGAUGUUAGUAAAGAUUGCCCUGAGGAACUGAUGAAGCAAUGGACUGCUUGUAUUGAGGAGUGGAGGACAAAUGAGGAAGGGGCAAGACCAGCCAUUGUUUCAUCAUUAAUUCACAAUGGUGUUCCUGAUGUGCUGCGUGGCGAAGUGUGGAGACUUCUCGCCAAGGAUUGUCCUUCCGAGCAGGUGAUACUAAGAGACAUUCAUAGGACGUUUCCGGCUCAUGAGAAUUUCAAAGAAGCUGGUGGAGGAGGACAAGAAUCCUUGUACAAGAUCAGUAAGGCAUAUUCUCUAUACGAUGAGGAGGUGUCCUACUGUCAAGGACUUUCGUUUUUGGCCGCUAGCUUGUUGCUACAUAUGAACGAGGAACAAGCGUUUUGUACGUUAGUGAAAAUUAUGUAUGAUUAUCAACUAAGAGAUUUAUUUAAACUUGGAUUUGACUCACUGCAUCUCCGGUUCUACCAACUAACACGGUUGCUAAAAGAAUACGAAAGCAAUCUCGCAGCUCACCUUGAGCAUAUUGGCGUGGAAACCCAUAUGUAUGCUUCUCAAUGGUUCUUAACCCUGUUCACUGCGAAGUUCCCUCUUCAGAUGGUGUUUUUCAUUGUUGAUCUCUUUCUUAGCGAGUUGAAGCACAAGCGGCUGUUGAAGUACGAGAAGGAAUAUCUUGAGAUGAAGGAGCGUGAACGUGAGAAUGAAGAUCCUCUCGUGAAGCUUCAGAAGGAAAAUGCACGUCAUUGUGAAACCAUUCUUCGACUGGAACGUGAAAAUGACGAUCUCGCGCACGAACUCGUUACCAGUAAAAUUGAACUACGUCGGAAAUUGGAUGCAGUUGAGGAUCAAGUAGAAACGUCUGCAAACACAAUCGAGCGGGUAACUAGACAAAAUGAGGACCUUCUUGAAGAAAAUCGGAAUUUGCAAAGAGAAUAUAAUCAGAUCAAAGAAAUGUAUCGGAAGGAGGUUUCACGGCUUGAAGAGGAUGCGAAUAGAGCUAGCAAGCUAUUGAAGGAGUACAAGCAAUUGUUUUCUCAAAUGAGCCGAAGCGUGCAUUACUUCUCCCGGAUAUCAGCAUGCGACAAGUGCUGGCCAGCUGUAGAAGAGUGGGAGGCGAAUCGUAGUCCAGCUAGAACUCCUCAAGACGGACCUGAUCUUCUCUCUCAACUUGAGGAAAGAGAAGCGCACGUGAAAGCACUGGAGAUAGAUCUAGCGCAGACAAAACUAGCUCUUGUUGAAGCUGAAUGCAAAAAUCAAGACUUAACACACCAGAUGAUGACGCAGAGUGAAAGUGACGGCAAGCGGUGA